AUGCAAAUAUACGGCCUUGUCUUUUCGGAGGGACCUGCUCUGCAUCGCUACAUCCGCAACGAGUAUUCUGGAGCUGUCGUUAACCCUAACAGCCGAGCCAAAACCCAGUACGAGAUUAUCGCAGGCCAAAACGCUAUCAGGCGUUGGGUCCUGGAGGGUAGCUGGCGAGAUACCAGCUACCUUUAUGAGCCUAGCCGUGGCCCUGACAAUGGAUUGAUUGGACACUGGGCCUCCGCUCUAGAGCGUAUUGCAGCUACCGAUGCACAGUUUGCCGCACAGUACGGUACUCGUUUCCACCGCUGGUAG